GAAAACAUUCCAGCAUCUGGUAACACUAAAAAUAAAAGCGCGCAAUUUACUUAAAAAUUGCAAACUAACAUGCCACCGAAACGGACCAAAAAAGCAGUGGAGCCUGCCGCUCGGGAGGAUGUGGCCGAAGAGCUGGAUCCCAACGAACCGGUGCUCUACGUGGAGCACUGCCGAUCGUGACGAGUCUUUCGUCGCCGGGCGGAGGAUCUGCACGCCGGCCUGCGGGAGCGUGGUCUUCCCCAACUUCAGCUCCGGCUGAAUGCGUCCGGAGCACCACGGCGCGGCGCCUUCGAGUUGGAUUUGCGCCCGGGUUCGGGGAAGCAGGAGCUGGUGCCACUUUGGUCAGGUCUAAAGCGGGGGCCACCACGUGCUCUUAAGUUUCCCAAUGUGGAGGAGGUGUACGAUCGGAUCAGGGGGAUUUUGGGUGUCGAGCCUGAGUCCAAGGAGCAGGAGUCAGAGGAUGACAGGCCUUCUGGAUCCCAAAAGAAGCCGGAGUCCAAGGAGCAGCCAAUCAAAUCCCAGGAAGAGCAGAAAUCCAAGGAUCCAUCAGAGGAGCCUUCAAAGGAAUCCCAGGAGUCGCCCAAAACGAAGAGACAGCCAAAAGCCCAAAAGAAGCCCACAAAGACAGCCAAAUCCCAGCCAGAAAUCGAUGAAGACCAGCCCCAAAGCAGUCAAAAGCGCAAGCGAACCACCAGAUCCUCCACAGAUGAAUCUUCAAGCGCUUCCAAGCGCCGAAAGUAGUCGCCACCGAGAAAUCCCACCAGCAAUAGAGCCUUAUGAUUGAUGACCGGCAAAUCCUCUCGAGGAACCGAUCAUUGAGACUACCUUUUGCCUUUGCUGGUUGGUUUUUUCUGUGUCUCCGAACUACAAGAAAAAACACUUACACAAUUGUUAUUACAAAAUAUAUUAAAACAUCUUAGAAACCUA